AUGGAGAAUCAUCUUCUUGCUUAUUCCAAUCAAACUGAUGAUUCGAGUAAUAACAGACAAACCAUAAAUCAGAAAAUUUCGAAGUUAGAAAAGCAUACGAGAAUUUUCGCGUCUAUGUGUCCCGAUGAGAUUCUGGAUUAUUUUGACGACUAUAGUAUGAGAGAGUAUUUAACAACGCUAAUGCUCGGUGAUAUAUCAGGCUUUACCGAUUUUGUUGAAAAAUAUACGAAAGCAGGUAAAGGUGGUGCAUCAAACUUGACGGAGACGUUGAACAAUUACAUAGGUCUUAUGAUUCAAGAAAUUCUCUCGCAAAAUGGCGACGUAUUAAAAUUUUCCGGCGACUCUUUUAUCGUCAUGUGGAAGCUUAAAAACGAUACUAAUAUGCGCGACCUAGCAACUACGGCGAUUCAAACGGCUUGCGUUAUACAACAACAUUUUGGCAUUUAUGAGACUGACGUUGGUAUCACACUAAGAGUAAAAAUAGCCAUAGCAUCUGGUACAACAUAUUUUACGUCUAUCGGUGAUCCAAAGAAAAUGUCGCAUUACAUGAUAACCGGUAGGCCUGUGUGGGAAGUUAAAUAUGCCGAACAACUUUGCAAAGGUGGCGAUAUUUUAGUAGCACUUAGCACCUGGCAAUGGAUAAAUCCAAUCGACUAUGUCUAUGAAACACUUCCUGAUGGCUUACAUGUUCUUGUUAUAACUUGUUCUACCUUAUGGUAUACUUUGAAAAGCUCUUACAAUGAAAAACCAAACAAUGAAGAAGAAUAUGUCGGACAAUCUAAUGUAUCGAAGAAAUAUGAAAAUGACCUACUAUACUUGUUAAUGAAUUUUGUCCUUUUUCUUUUUUUUCUUUUUUUUUUUUCAGUACGACCAAAAAUCUUAAAAGUAGCGAAAGCACAUUUGAAAGACGCUUUGAAAAGUUAUAUAUUAAGACCGGUUGUCCGUUCAGUCGAAAUGGAUGAACCAUUGAAAUAUCUGUCCGAAAUGAGACAAGUCGUUAUUGUAUUUGUCAAUGCAACCAUCAAUGAAAUAAAAAAUAAACAAUUGAUAAGAUCAAUCGACGCAGCAUACAAACUCGUAUGCAGGAUAGUCAGUGGGAUGCAAGGAUGUGUCAACAAAACGUCUCUCUUUGACAAAGACUUAAUGUUUCUUUGCAUUUUUGGUUUGCGAGGAGAUAAACAUGAACUUGAAUCACAAAUCGGCCUUAAAUGUGGCUUCAGAUUGCGAAUUGCUUUGAAAGAGUUAACAAAUAUUACUGACGUCACUGUUGGCGUUACAACAGGGAUGACAUACUGUGGCGUUGUUGGUUACAUACUAAGAAGAGAGUAUACAGUUAUUGGAAUGGCAGUGAACAGAGCUGCUCGACUUAUGAUGGUUUACAAAAACAAGGUUAUAUGUGACAGAGAGAGUUUUCUUCAUUCUCAAUUAGAAGGUAGCCAUUUCAAAUUACAAGAGCCCAAAUAUUUGAAAGGAAUUAUAGACAUUGGACCAAUUUAUGAGUUCGAGGAACAAGUCAAAGAUAAAACGUCGGAAUUGAUUUGGAGCAAAUAUCCUUUGCUAGGUCGAGCUAAAGAAAUGAAAAUUUUUCGAAACUUAUUAGCAACUAUGUUAGACUACACAGUCAUGAAAAAUCAUUCAACAACUGAACCACAGUACAAUACAUUGAUAAUAAAAGGUGAACCCAGAAUAGGAAAAACGAGGAUGUUAGACGAAAUGGCAUUAAACAUACCAAAUGGUAUCCCAUCAAAUUACAUUUCUCUUGUUUCAACAGACAUGCAGGUUGUUGACCAUGAAAUUUUCUUUUGCAAGCCAUACACCUUAUUCCAUCUAAUAUUCUCUUUACCCUUGAAAUUCUCAUCAACGUCAACUUCAAAGGAUCGAGAAGACAAGUUGAUGCGUUUAUUAAACAAUAUACUUUAUCCUGAAUAUCUCUGUGUAUUGAAUAAAGUCUUCAAUGUUCGUUUCCCAUUGACCGAAGAAUACACAACUGUUAAGGAAUUAGAAAAGCAUAGGAUACUUGAAAAACUUUUAAUAUAUCUAACAAAAAAAUGUUUUCAAAAACUCUGGAUCAUCAUUAUUGACGACAUUGAAUACGCCGACGAAGAGUCAUUGAACUUUUUCGAUAUUCUUAUCAACACCAAUAUGUUUUUGUUCGUCAUUAGUGUUGGUCGAAAAGUUGAUGCAGAAUACAAAUUGGCUAAUACAUUAUUGAAAAGAGCACUAGUCAUUGAACUGCAAGGUAUCGAUAAAUGGUAUCACGUUGGUAUUGUGUGUCAAAUACUCAAUGUAUUUGGUAUAUCUACAGAAUUGGAAAAAUUUAUUCAAGAACGAAGUUUAGGAAAUCCAGGCUGGAUCGAAAGUUAUUUGGUGAGUCUCAUGCAAAGUAAUAAUCUAGAAAUCAUAAAUGUUACUAGAAAAGAAGCUGAGUCAAUGGGAUAUGUUUUACCCGAUUUAAAAAUGUUAAAAAGAUUCAUUUUGGAUUCGACUAUUUUAAAAAAAAGCAGUUUACCUCGCGAGGAUAGAUGGGAAAUGUACGAGACAAGUUAUAUGAAUGACACAAUGUUCUCGAUCAAUAACACGAUUCAUCAAGAUGAAAUCGAUUUGAAUAGCGAACUGAUAAGCAUAGCUUUUUCAAAAACACUAGAAAACUCAUUAAUCAUGAAUAUUAAUAUGCGAAUAAACUUUGACGUACUUAUUUUAAAAGUGUUCGAUGCUUUAACGCCACUCGAUCAAUUAUUACUUAAAUGUGCUUCUAUACUUGGCGUAUUUGUUUGCCGAAAAAUGUUGGAAAGUAUAACUGAAAUGUCUAAAAAAGACACAGGUUUAACUAUACGUAAACUUUUCGAAAUUCGAAUUUUCGAAUGCGGAAUGGGAGAUUUUACUAAAAACGUUGGUCCUAUUAUGUACUACAGAAGAAUGCGUAAUCAUAUCGGUGAUAUAGGUAUUCAAUGUAGAUGUAUUGGCAUCGUGAUACCAGAGGAACUGGCCAAUAUGCCGAAGUAUGCAUCAUGCGGUCUCAUACGUUUCAAGAUAACGAUAUUUCAAGAUACAACAUAUAGAUUACUCACGGAGAAUCAAAAAAUCGAGUUGCACAAGAAGGCACUCAAGUAUUUAGAACGAAAUACUAGACGUUGCAAAUCAUGUGGCGAAGGAUAUUUUUCGAAAUUAUUAGGUGAAAAAUUCUUGGACGAAGUAGGAAAAAUACCGAUAGAAUAUUCAUUGAAUAUAAGACAAUUUCAUGGAAUAAGUUCAAAGUUAUUCGACAUACCCAAAAUAAAAAAUGUGUUAACCAAUAAAAAGAGUCCACCUUAUUUAAAUAUUUUAAGAAAAUCAAAGAAAAAACUAAUACGUACUUUCUCCAACAUUGAUUUCACUAAUUGUGAAUGUAAUCUGAUAUUAUUAACCGUUUAUACACAAAUGGUUGAGCAUUGUCGUAGAAUUGGUGAUAAUGAUAAAACUUUAAUCGCUAUAUUGGAAUUCGCUGAGAUUUGCAUUGAAAAUCAAAAUGUUCCUCAAGCAAGGAAAUUGUUGAACGAGGCUGAGACUAUACUUCAACAGAUAUUCGAUCCAAACAAAAACGAGGUAAUUACAUUUCUUUAUCUCACUGCAAAGAUUCAAACCUUGCAAGGUAAAUGUUAUUUCGAAUCUGGCUACACUUCAGAAGCCGAGAAAAGCUUGGACAAAGCGAUGAAAACUUUAGGCUACCAUUUUCCACGAACGAACAUAAUGAUCAAUCUGAAAACUAUAUUUCAAUUAAACAAACUUAAAUUAUUAUUAUUAUUCUGUUCGAGAAAACGUAAAAGUGAUAACGACAAAAACAAUUAUGCUACGAAAUAUACAAAUCAAUUGGCGUAUUGCUUGGCUCAAAUAUUCGAAGUUUAUAAGAUUAAAGGUAUGAAAAAAGAGACUCGAUUGGCAGCAAUAUGGGCAUUAAACAAAGCACGUUCUACCAGCGAUUUCUUGGUACUAUCCAUAUGUUAUACCAACAUGCUGACUAUCGGCCACAUGUAUUGCACGAAUAACAUCAUUAAGUAUUUGGAAAACGAGAGCAUCGAUUUGUGUAACGAAGAAGUUAGAAUAAUAGAGUAUCAAGAUCUCAAAAUAAUUAUUGAACUUUAUGCCGGUGUUUUUUUCUCACGUUGGCUAAGAGGACAAAUUAACGAGGCCAUCGAUAUCGGUUUCAUCAUUAUCAGAUUAGCAAAAUCUAUUAAUUUAACAAAUACCGAAUGUAUUGUUUUACCAAGACUCAUUAAUCUUCUGAUGAUCUCUUGUCGUUAUUCCGAAAUUGUCUCAAUAUUACGAGACUUAGAAUUUGUGUCGAAAAACCAUAUGGACAAGUCCGGUCGUACGUGGUAUUACGCAACGUGUGCCGAAGUACAAUUGGAUAUAGGAUUGAUAGUUCUUUCUUAUCAAAAUUGCGAACGUUAUUUUCUGAAAGAAGGUGAAAAUCUUUUAAGCCUGCGAGAUUCGGAAGCCGAAAGACGAUAUUUUAUAUCAAUGUGGCUAUGGUGUAUUAGAAACAAAGAAUGGGCAGCAUCUAAGGUAUGGAUAAAAAAAAAAGUUGAAAGAAAGAGUACCGACGAAGACCUAGUCGCAGCCACUAUUACAGAUUUGAAAGAACUCGAAGGAAUGCUCAUUUCUUACGUACAUUAUGUGAACAAUUAUGACGCCAAAGCUAUAAAUAUUAUGACGAGUAUCAAAGCUUCUUUAAAAAAUAUUAAAAAGAUGGUGAAAAUCGUGAAAAUUGCGAGACCAAGGUACAUAUUAAUAAAAGCUUACUAUUACAUGGUUCGGGGUUACAAAAAGAUGGCUAUAAAGAUUUUACAAAAAGCUAUAAAAAUAUCUUUCAAAAUGGAUAAUAAAAUGAUAUAUGGAUGGGCAAUGCAUUGUAAACAAGCUUGGGAAGGAAAACUGCCAUUGAUAGAACGUGACUUGUGGCAACAACAAUCGAUGAUCCCUUCAUCUUCAACUUGGAACGAAAUUAAUACGAACGAAACGAAAAUUAUCUUUUAUACAUUGCCAAUACCGACCUAUUAAAUCUUAUAUUUUGUUUUAUUGAAAUGAUUAUUUAAUGAUAUAAUAUAUUCUAUUGUACAUAAAAAGUAAUUAAAUCUAUUCGAUAAACACACGCAUAACAUACCAACGCCUUCUCAAAUCAAACUGAUCGUAUGUCAAGGUUAUUAUUUUAUAAAAUGAUAUUACGCGAAGAAAACAAUGAUUAUUGGUUAAACUUAUAAAAUGGCA